GACAAAAAGAACCACCCUUUGGAUUUUGCCUUUGAAAUACAUAUUCUCUAGUGUUGAAGUCAGUCAGAUGAACAGAACCUAAACAUACAGCCUGCUUCAUCACAAGGUGAUAUGGCCGAAUCUGUCCAAGAACUGGUCAUCAAUGGCGAAGAACUUCCAGAGAAAUUUAUUCACAAGGAUGGUGACGGUGGAGUCUUGGAUGUUCCAUUGAUGGAGGUUCCUGUUGUCGAUCUUAGCCUGCUCACUUCUUCGUUGACCAGCAGAGAGGAGCUGGAGAAACUUCGAUCCGCUCUAAGCUCUUGGGGCUGCUUUCAGGCAAUAAACCAUGGCAUAACAAGUUCAUUCCUAGACAAAGUUCGUGAAGUAACGAAACAAUUUUUCGCACUUCCAGUGGGAGAGAAGCAAAAGUACUCCAGAGAAGUUGAUGAAAUUGAAGGGUAUGGAAAUGACAUGAUCCUUUCAGCACAACAAAUACUCGAUUGGUCUGACCGCUUGUAUCUUACUGUAAAUCCAGAAGACCAGCGAAGGCUGAAGUUUUGGCCUGAAAUUCCUCAAGAUUUUAGGGACCUUCUUCAUGAUUAUACCCUCAAGAUGAAAAUGAUAAAUGAAGUAGUGCUUAAGGCCAUGUCUAGGUCGCUGAACUUAGAGGAUAACUGCUUUUUGGACCAAUAUGGAAAACGACCAACAAUGACUGCAAGAUUUAACUACUACCCAAAAUGUCCAAGGCCAGAUCUCGUUCUUGGUGUCAAACCACAUGCAGAUGGAUCAGUAAUCACCAUUCUCUUGCAAGACAAAGAAGUGGAAGGUCUUCAAUUCCAGAAAGAUAAUCAAUGGAAUAAAGUUCCAAUCAUUCCUGAAGCUCUUCUCAUUAAUGUUGGUGAUCAAGUAGAGAUAAUGAGUAAUGGAAUAUUCACGAGCCCACUACAUAGGGUGGUGACAAACUCAGAAAGGGAGAGGAUUUCUUUGGCUGUUUUCUGUAUUCCAGAAUCAGAAAAAGAGAUUCAACCGGUUGAUGGGCUGGUCAACAAGUCACGGCCAAGAUUAUACAAGAACGUGAAAAAUUAUGUAGAUAUCUACUUCCAGAACUACCAGCAAGGUAAGAGGCCAAUUGAUGCAGCCAAAAUUUAAUUUCUGUUAUGAAAAUCUUUAGUGGUUUGUAAGCAAAGAUGAUUGAAAGAAUUUUUCAAUGGACAUAAUGGCAACAGCUUGGUUAUA